AUGGGCAAAGUCAAGUGGGAUAGCACUGCUGAUCAGACUCUUCUGGCGAAGAUCCUCGAGACCCAUGAGUUGAGUGUGGAUAGUCACGCUGUCGCUGCAGCCUGGCCCGGUGCAGAUGAUUCAAAGCCAACUCCUCGUGCUAUUAAGGAGCGCAUCACUAAAAUCAAGGACAUCAUCAAGAAGGGCGCGCCUGACGCCGCUGGAACGAACAGCCCCGUUACUCCAAAGAAGGUCACUCCCCGAAAGAAAGCCGCUGAUGGUGCAGCCAACGACACUCCGACAAAGAAGCGCAAGACUCUAACCAAGGCGAAGACUGUUUCUACUACCGCUGGGCCUGUCAAGGAGGAUCCGGUGCCCAAAAUCAAACGAGAGAUCACCGAGGAGGAAGAUGAAGAGCUUUUCAACUAUCCUAUUUCCGCGACGAGAGAAGAGAGCACCGAUACUGAAGAUGAAGGCCUCUUUGAUUCCCCCAUUGCCAAGGAAGAGCCCUUUGAUGACACCGCCGGCGAGAAGGAUCCUGGUCUCUGCAAUCACCCAGACGAUCUAACCCUGAGCCAGGACCCUGCAGACUACGGGCUGUGA